AUGGGGUGUGUGCACACAGGUUAUGGGGCUGGGCUGGUUUGGGCUGAAAAGAAGAGGCUGAACAAAGGGACAGAUGUGGUGGAGAAAAGGGGCCCGUACAUCAUGAGCAAACCUCCCUCCAUUCAGGCCAAGCUGAAGAGGCAGCGGGAGCUGGCAAAGGCAGCGCUGCGGAGGCAGGGGCUGCUGGGGGCACCCACUGCCCUGAAACCGACUCCUAAAAGGUCUGUGAAGUUCAACAAGGGCUACACGGCGCUCAGCCAGACAGCUGAUGAAAACCUGGUUUCCCUCGACUCAGACAGUGACGGCGAGCCAGGAUCCAGGUGCUCCUCAGGAUACUCCUCCGCCGAGCAGGUGACCCAGGACCUGAGCCGGCAGCUGCUGCAGGACGGGUACCACCUCGACGAGGUCCCCGAUGAUGAGGACCUGGAUCUCAUCCCCCCAAAGCCUGCUGCCUCCUCUUCUUGCCCCUGUUGUUUUGGAGAAAGUCUCUCCUGCGUGAUCCAGUAGCUGCACAAGAACAGGUCAAAAUCCAGCACUUUUUUUUGUCCCGUGGGAUGGGUGGUGAGUGUCCGGGUCCCACGCCAGGACGGUGACACGAGGACUGAACGAUGCUGCUCAUGGCAGAGACCAACUGACCCCAAAAGACUUUUCCUUACACUCAGCAAUACUGGGGGGAGGUGGCUCAGUGACGUUUUGGUGGCCUGGAUGGGACCUGGCACUUGGCUGGGGUGGGAAGGGAGAACAGGCAGAGCCUGGCACCUCCACAGGGGUAUAAAGGGAAGGAUUUGGGAGUUUCUGGGGUUGGAGCUAAUGGCUUAUUCCCAUUCUCCUCAACGCUGCUUUGAUGCAGGUGAGGCACAGCCCAGGCCCCCCCCUUGGAUUUGGGGGGCUGGGGAGCCUCCCUGCUGCAAACCAUAAAUGCUGCCUUAAACCAUGGUCCUGCUCUAUGACAUAGAGGACAAUCAGCUUCUUAUACUACAGAAACCUUAUUUAAAUAUUUCAUGUCAAGAGACAUGAACCGGUUGGGUGGGGGGUCGUGUUUGUUUUUGUAUGUUACUUGUAAAAGGGAGCACUCAAUAAACUGGAUCUCAUUACUCA